AUGGAGUCAACAAAUCUCAUACCCCAACUGGAGGAAGACAUUCCCAAAAUUCAUGAAGCUGGCGGUACUGCUUAUGAUGAUGCUCAAAAAAAGAUGAACCCAAAGGAAAUCCCAUGGGCCAACACCGGAGCUGAGUACAUCAUGGAAUCAACUGGAGUGUUCACUGACAAAGACAAAGUUGUCGCUCAUUUGAAGGUUAUCAAUGACAUAUUUGGCAUCGUUAAGGGUCUUAUGACCACUGCCCACUCCAUCACUAUUAGGAAAGUGCUACCAGCGCUGAAUGGGAAAUUGACUAGAAUGACCUUCCGUGUUCCCACCGAUGACAUUUCUGUGGUUGAUCUAACUUUUGAUCUUAUUAUUUCGGUGAUGGUCAUCAGGGAAGAGUCUGAGGGAAAACUAAAGAGAAUCUUAGGUUACACUAAAGAUGACGUAGUGUCCACUGAUUUUGUAGGUGACAACAGCAUCUUUGAUGCUAAGGUUGGAAUUGCUUUGAAUAAGAACUUCGUGAAGCUUGUUGCAUGGUACGAUAACGAAUGGGAUUACAGCUCACGUGUGAUUGACUUGGUUAUCCAUAUGUCAUCCGUUAAGUAA